AUGGCGUCCAAGAUACCCGACCACUGGCUCUGGCUCGGCCUAGGCGUCAUAACAUUCAUAUCCAUCCGCACCGUCUCCCACGGCCUCCGUGAAAUCAUAACCCUAACAACCAUCCGCCAACCCGCCAACCUCCCCGCCCAACCGCAACCGCCCACACCCACGCCAACCCACCAAGAAGACUCGAUAAAAACCUCCUCUCUCCUCACCCUCUCCACCUCACACAACACCGACAUACGCCUCUCGGCCACAAAAAUCCUAUGCAACCGCUUCACCACCAACGAGACGGCGAAAAGGCUCCUGAUAAACGACCUCAAUAGCGAAGACGAGCUAGUCGUACACCGCGCUCAGCUGGCGUUUAACCUACUCUGCGACAUGGGUGCCUGGAGCAGGGAAGGAGCGUUUGCGCCCAUGAAGAAGACGACGGCGUCGAGGUGGACGGUCAUGGAGCGGGUUCCCCAGGGGGGUAUGGUGGCGCCUGGGAUAGGCAUUGGUGGCGCGGAAGAGGAAAGAUUGAUUAGGAGGAGGAGGCGCGAGGCUGUUGUUAUUAGCGAGGGGGGAGGUGACGGCGAUAUUUUAAUGGACGGUCAGGAUCAGGGUCAUGUUCAAGGGGGGCAUUUGGGGCAGUAG